AUGCUUUCCAUCUCUCCCCUCAUCGUUGCACUCGUCGUCGCAUCCACUCCUCUGCAGGGUGCACAAGCAUGGACGACCUUCUCUGUGCCGCAUGCACCCGGCGCGGAUGACGUGCCUGCGCUCAUGGCUGCGCUCCAGGGUAACAGCAGCUACACGUCCGACGCGUCGAUCGUGUUCGCUCCCAACACGACGUACAAUGUCUGGUCGCCGCUCACGUUUCCGAUCCUCACGAACGUCGAAGUGCGCAUCGAAGGAAACUUGAGCUAUCCGCAGAAUAUAACGCUGGUCCAGGAGGGCGUUGCUAGCUCGAAUUACUCGGGUGCCUGGAUCGCCUUUGCAGGUGGAAACAACGUCACUUUAAGCGGCACGGAAGAUCCGGAAUGGGGCUGGAUGGAUGGCUAUGGCCAACAAUGGUGGGAUGAUAUGCAGCAAACGAACCGCCCUCAGGGCUGGAAGUUUGGUAACAUCACGGACGGAGUCAUCACCAAUCUCAAGGUCUAUAAGCCCCCAGCCUGGAAUUUCCUGACGAGCGGAUCUACGAACGUGCAUAUAUACAACAACACGAUCAUUGCAAGAUCGGAUAACGCUUCGUCCUUCCCAUUCAACACGUACGUCUCUCUUCAGUCCUAUCGACAAUUUACAAGCUAUCGUCUAUCCUCAUCACCUAAAACGUUAUAUUACAGCGACGGGUGGAACGCUGGCGGAACGAACCUUCUCUUCGAGCACAACUAUGUCGUCAAUGGAGACGACUGCCUCACAGUGGGCAGUGGUGCCAAGAACGUCACUUGGCGAAAUAGCUACUGCGAGGGCGGACACGGCCUCUCCAUUGGCUCGUUGGGGAAGGGAGGCUCGGUUGCGAUGGUACAGGACAUCUUGUUCGAGAAUACCAUUAUGAACACUACACUGUACGGUGCCAGAUACAAGAGCUGGACGGGUGGUAAUGGCGCAGCAAUCAAUGUAACUUGGCGCAACAUCAUGUUCAUGGAUGUCAUGUUUCCGAUCUAUGUGACUCAGAACUAUUGGGAUCAAGGUGUUGGAGGAAAGCCGAAUUCGAGCUCAACCAAUGAGACACACAUUGAGAACUUCCUGUUUGAGAACUUCGUCGGAACCAUUCAAAAUACUCCUGGAUACAAGGAAGGCUCUUGCAUCAGCGAUCCCUGCUGGUACUAUGUUGCGAAUGCGACUGGGAACGAAGUCAUAAUUCUCGAUCUUUACCCCGAUACCGCCUUAAAUGUCGUUGCAAAGAAUCUGUAUGCACAGACGCUGACUGGUGCACCGGUCGCUGCAAUGUGCAAUUCAUCGACUACCUCGAACGAUGUUGGCUUCGAGUGCUGGGAUGGGACAUACAUUCCCGAUGCUAUCGGAAUGUGA